AUGGUCAAUUCGCCCAUCUACCCCCAUGAGCUCACAGGACGUACUAUCCGCCUGCUUACGGUCGAACCAGGCGACCCAGAAACCCCACUGCAUUGCAACCUCACGGAAACAUGUCUGGAUACAACUCCGUCUUCUUACUACGCCUUGUCGUACUGCUGGGGCGCAAACCACUCCCCUGUCCAGAUAAUAUGCAACUCGCAUCCUCUUCUAGUAACGCCCAACCUGCAUUCCAUCCUGCUCGAAUAUCGUCGCAGAGAAACCGGAAUCCCUCUUUGGGUCGACGCUAUAUGCAUCGACCAAUCUAAUAUCACGGAGCGCACAUCUCAAGUUCGCAUGAUGGACCAAAUUUACUCCGAAGCGGAGUGCGUCGUCGGCUGGUUGGGCGAAGCAGAAGCGACCGAUGAGAUGGCAUUGUGGGUGUUGAAAGAACUGCAUCUGCCUUGGGCUGACUCCACGGAUAUACCGGUAAUGGAGACUGGUGAACGUGCUCUGGUAUUAGAUGGGUAUUACGCCACAAACGUGCCACAAGCGUACUGGAAUGCGCUGGCUGCGUUCCUCCUACGACCAUGGUUCAGCCGUAUCUGGAU